UUUGCCAAUAUGGCUUCUCCCAGUUGUUCAACGUGGUCUUAGUGUCGGUUUGAAUAGUAUUAACGAAAUUGGAGAAGUUACUGAUUUUAUUUUAUUCUGAGUUAUGCCUAGAAACGUUAAAUUGAGUUUGAAUCCUAAUGGAAAUUUUUGGGCUAAAGAUAAAGAACGAUUCGGAUUUAAAAUGCUUACCAAGAUGGGAUGGAAGGACGGUAAAGGAUUAGGAAAGAAUGAAGAUGGAAACACUUCGCAUAUUAAAGUUACUAACAAGGACGAUCGGAAAGGAGUUGGUUUUGUUGGAGCCGAAGAUGAUUGGAUUGCUCAUCAAGACGAUUUUAAUUCAUUACUAUCAUCACUGAAUGGACAUUUUCAAAGUAAAGAAACGGAUACGACCGAAAAGCCAGAACCCGCUACCAAGACUAAAAAACUACAAAUAUCUAAAUUUAGGAUUUACUAUAAAAAGUUUUUCAAAGGAAAAGACAUGUCGAAUUAUAGUUCAAAUGAUUUGGAUGCUAUCCUUGGGAAAAGAAAGAAAAAAGUUAACAAAACAACCAAAGAAAGAUUAAAACAGUUAUUAAAUGAUGAUUUAUAUGAAAACACUUAUACCAGCAAGAAGAGUAUUCAAGAAUACUUUUCUGAGAAAAUGGGAAAUCGUACAAUUCAGAAUAGAAAGAUUGAUGAUAAUGAACCCGAAGAUGAUAUGAAAAAAUCAGUAAUGUCUGAUGCAAAUUGUGAGAACAUUAUUGAUUCCAAGUUAAAUACGAAUGGUUUUUCUGUGGAAGAAGCAGAAAAUUUGAACGAAUACAAUUCGGAAAUUUCUGAAGGAAAGACAGAAAUGUGUUCGUCGCCACCAUCCAAUACGGGUUUGAAUGAGGAUAACGAAAGUUAUAACAAGGAUACAGUUUCACUUACUAAACUUAAAAACUGUAAUGAAAAUGAGUCAAGCAAUACACUAACUGAAAAGGUGAAGAAAGGAAAGAAAAGGAAACAUUUAGAACAGGAUCGUAAUGAAAAUAGUAUGGAGGUUACAGCUACGGAUACAGAAGUUGUGGAUAAGAAAACCAAGAAUAGUUUUCAUAAGAAGAAAGCUAAGAGAGAGCACAAUAUUGAAAUUGCUGAUGGUAAAAUGGAUUUUCACUCCAACUUUCAUUUGCGACGUAAAGUUUACUAUGAAAUAAGGGAAUUUGCGGACGCGUUUCCUAACAGCAGUGUCUUGUCGACAAUAGAAAAGUGUGUGAAUUUGCAUAAUAAUCUAAACGAUUCAAUGAUAGGAACUAGCAAUUUACUUUUUAUCGCCGGAUACGGAAACGAAAGUUUGGCGGAUGCUUGAAACUCCUGUUGAAUUGUUACGGAAUGAAUGAAAAACACUGAUUGAUAAAGAUUUUAUAAUGAUAAUAAAUAUUUAUUAUUG